AUGAGCAGCGGGGAAGACACCAAUUUCAAGGAGGGAGACAUCGUGUGGUAUGAAAAUCAGCCCUCCAGCCCGGAGGGAGUUGCGGAGAACAGUCUGUUCACUCUGUGCCGCAUAGUCCGCAAGAACGACGACGAUGAGGUUAUGUUAUCAAAGCACCACGACUACAAUGGGUGUAUAUUUAUGAGCAGCGUGAAGAACAUACAAAAAGCCAACCAUCUUUUUACCUUGGACCAAAAUGACCUGCUCAAACUGAAGCAUAUUAACGAUCCCGCGCUGCUGUAUCAUCUGCAUGAAAGAUUUAAGAACAAAAAAUUUUACACAAAGAUGGGUCCCCUACUGAUAUUUGUAAAUCCAAAUAUGAACCUGAAUCUUGGAAAUCAGGAGAGCAUUCACAUGCACAAGUUUUCGAACACCUCGGAGGGGAGCUUGAAUGAGUACACCGUUGCUCGUUCUGCGCUCCGCAAUUUGAGCAUAUUAAAAAGGAAUCAGUCCAUUAUCGUGACAGGUGAGUCUGGCUCGGGGAAGAGUGAAAUCACGAAGAACAUUUUGAACUUUCUGGCUUACCAAGUGGAGGGGCCGAAGGAGGAGAGGUGUGAGCAGAAGGGUGCGUCUGGAGCGGAGGAGCCCGCGAAUGAACCUGCGAAUGAACCCGCGGAUGAACCCGCGGAGGAGGGCACGGCCAGCGCGCAGGGCUACGAGAGCGAAGUGAGCCAGUCGGACGAGACGAACCAGCGGGGUGAGGCGAAGCAGUCGAGCGAAGCGGACGAGGCGAAGCAGUCGAAUGAAGCGGGUGAGGCGAAGCAGUCGAAUGAAGCGGGUGAGCCUACGCAGCCAAACCAAGUGCGGCUCGCCGAGAUGAUGGCCCACAUGAACGUCAUCCUGGACGCGUUUGGGAGCGUCAAGACGGGGAAGAACAACAACUCCAGCAGGCUCUCCAAGUUCUUCACCCUGCACAUUGACGACUGUGGGCGAGUGAGGUCCAUGCACGUGAAGAAGUUCCUCCUCGAGAAGGACAGGCUGAUCGGGGGGAAUGAGGAGGGCGAGGUCGGCGGCGAGGUCAGCGGCGAGGUCAGCGGCGAGGUUAGCGGCGAGAUGGGCGAGGUCGGGGGCAGCCGCGAAAAUUCCUUCAACAUUUUUUACUACAUCCUAAACGGGUCCAGCGACAAGUUCAAGGAGAUGUACUACCUGAAGGAUGUGAGUUACUAUAAGAUGUUGCGAGCCAGGGGCUCGCUGCGGAGCGGCAAGACCUUCCGCGGUGGCAAGACCUUCCGGGGGGGGAAGACCAUGCGGGGGGGUGAAGAGGAGGUGAACGAAGAGUCGAAUGAAGAGGCGGUGAAUGAAGAAGUGACGAACGAAGAAGAGACGAACGAAGAAGAGACGAACCAAGAAGCGAUGAAUGAAGAAGAGACAAACGAAGAAGCGAUGAACGAAGAGGAGACGAACGAAGAAGAGACAAACGAAGAGCAGUCGAACGAAGAGGCAACGAAUAACGACGCACCGAAUGACGAGGCACCAAAUUGCAACACACCGAAUUGCAACACACCGAGCGAGAAGCCCCCCUCCGCGGACGAAUCGGCGAAGUUCCUCGAGCUGCUCAAAUCGAUGAACUACAUCUUUGACGACGACAAGGAAAUCGAUUUUGUCUUUUCCCUCCUGUCGGCACUGCUACUUCUGGGGAACGUAGAAACGGUGAAAUCGCUCCGACAGAAAUCGCUAUUCAGAAAGAGCCUCCUGUGCCAAAGCUCCCUCAACUACGAACAGUUACAGCAGUACGUGGAGGACUCAAAUGAAGACCUCCUAGUUGAUGGCAACGUGAAGAACUUCCUCCUGGCGAGUAAGCUGCUGGGCAUCCACCCAGAAGAACUGGUGAAGUACUUCACCACGAAUUACGUCUUCAAUGAUAUUCUACUGAUGAAGGUACAUAACGAAACGAAGAUCCACAGGAAAAUACAAAAUUUUAUUAAGACCACUUAUGAUGAGUUGCUCAACUGGGUUAUACAUAAGAUGAACGGCAAGUUGGGCGCUCUCACUGGUGGGGUAGGGGAAGAAGAAGGAGGAUUGCGAAUGGGUCACCACAGUGGAAGUGCUCAGGAGAACUACAUCAACGUGCUCGAUUUGGCUUACUUCGAAAAGGGAGAAAAGAACUCCCUCACCCAGUUGCUCGUCAACACUAGCAACGAAGCGGUGCACAAGAUGGUGGUAGACUCCAUUUUUAAGAAGAGGAUCCAGCUCUGCAGGGAGGAAGGCAUCGAGACAUCCUCCUCCUGCAACUUAGCACAGAUAGACAAUGAAGGGUUAUAUAACAUGUUGGUUCAGAAGGGGGAGGAGUCCCUCUUUUCCUAUUUGGAAUCUCUCUCCCUGAAGAAGGUCACCGAGAAGAGCAACUUGCACUCCCUGAUAGUGAAGAGGUUCUCCAGGGGGGGGUACAUAAAGGCGGGCCUUUCCAGCCACGCAGCUACCACCGCUUCCUUUCCCUCCUUCGUGAUCGUCCACUCGUGCGGCGAAAUUCGCUACUCCGCGGAGCAGCUCAUCAGCCAAAACAUAGACAUCCUCACCAACAGCUUCAUAGAUUUGAUGAAGAAGUCAGGCAGCCCCUACCUAGAGCAGCUCUGCUGCAGUUAUGAGUAUGACCCUUGUGGGGACAUCGUGGAGCAGAAGAGACGCUACAGCAUUCAGUCCGCUCUGAAGCUGUUUAGGCGAAAGUACGACCCGAGGAACCAAAUGGCUGUUACCAUGCUGAGGAAUACCCUAACCGAGCUGAUGAAGGUGAAGGACAGCACCUUUUGCCACUUCAUAUUUUGCAUGGCUUCCAACCAGAACAGGAGCAGAGGCGGCGGCGGGGGAGACGUUAUCAACCUGUUUGACGAGCGGGUCGUCCUCUCCCAGGUGCAGGGGAUGUUCCUUUCGCAGUUCAGGCAGCUCAAGGGCGCGGGGCUCUUCCCCCACGCGUUCUACUUCGCGGAGUUGCUGGACCUCCUGGGGGGGGAAGCGGCUCAACAAGGGAUAGGUGGGGGAGGAGCGGUAGAUGAGGGAGCCGAGGCAGAUGGGGAAGCUCCAGAUGGGGGAGUGGAUUGCCCCCACGCAAACGCCAAGCAGCGCGUCGAAGACAUGCUGAGGCUGCACAACAUCAGCAAGAGCGAGUGGGCCAUGGGCGCCAACCGCGUAUUCCUCACCGACGUCUCUUUAAGAAUUCUCUUGCAGAGCAAGUGGGAGCAGUGCAAACAGCGGAUGCUUGCCAGCUGGGCUGAAGCGGUAGAUGCAGAUCAGACGGAGCAUCACAGGAGGGAGCAUUCCGCCUCCAAAGCAGUAGGGCUCAUGAACCUAGAGUGCGUCAGAAUGAGCCAAGUGUAUAACAAAGCAGAUGGGAAAAUGAUCUACCAGAUGGGGAAUCAAGGAAUGGGUUCUGAGUCUCAAGAGGGGAACAACUGCCUUAAGGAUUUCAUGCAAAUAAUGCAUCUGGAAAAGAUAACGCAGCUGUAUAGCCCCGCAGGAGAGAAAGGGAAUGACGCCACCGGGGGAGCAGGUGAUGUGCCUGGAGGGGUCGAUGGCUCCAUGGGGAGUGAAGGACACCCGUACCAGAGCCAAGACAACGAGCUGAACCAAACCUCAGUAGAAAUGUGUGGCAUCAUGCACAUCUUAAAUAAUAUGCCUACGUGCAACGCCCAGGUGAGUGAUUUGAAUGAGGCCCUCAAGGGCUGCAGCCCUGGGGAGAUGCCACUCAAGGGGGGCUGCACGUGCGGCAUGGGAGUGCCUAACUUCUGCAGCAGGCACUCGCAGUCCGGGGAGAUGAAGUCGGAGGGAAGCGCGGAUGGGGGGGAAGCAGAUCAGGGGGAAGGGCAACUGGAUGAAAUGGAGGCGGAGGAAAUGCAGAUGGAGGAAGCAGCUCAGGAGGAAGGGCAGCCAGAGGGAGUCGAGCCUGAGGAGCUAGAACAGGAACCAUCCGAAGGGGACGAGGCGAACGGAGAGACAGCCGAGGAAGAGUUACCAACUGGGGAGCAUCCAGGUGAGGAACCGCCAAAUGAGCAGCCAGAUGGGGACGCCCCCGAGGAGGAGCUCCCCCCCGAGCACGCCACAAACAGUGACGAAAAGAAAAAGAAGAGAAGAAGCACCGUGAGCAACGACUCGGCAGAUGCGGGAGCGAGCGGCUCGGAGGAAGCGGGGCAGGGGAUGGAGGUGGUCAAUUUGAAAGAUGACGCGGAGGAGGGAGAGGAAGACGCGGAAGAGGAAGAAGCGGAGGAGGAAGAGGAGGAAAAGGAGGAAAUUGCUAUGGAGGGAGAAGAGGUGGACUUACUGGCAGAGGAACCAAACGAGGUGGAGGUGGAAGAGGCGCAGGCCGAGGCAGCGGUGGAGGCGGCGAAAGAUGAGCCGAGCGAGGUGAUGGCCGAGAUGGCGAAGGAGGAAUCGAUGGAGGUGGGCGAAGUGGAGGCGCGCGAAAUAGAGGCGCACGAAGAGGCUGAAGACGUAGAAGGGGAAGACGUAGAGGCGGAAGACGUAGAAGGGGAAGACGUAGAAGCGGAGAUGCCCCAGGGGGAGGAGCUCGAGGUGCAGGCACUGGAGGUGGAGGUGGACGAGGAAGCCGCGGAGGAGGAAGACGCGGCAGAGGAGGAAGCGGUAGACGAAGAAGUGGCAAACGAAGAAGCAGUGAACGAGAUGAACCGCUUCGACGCCGCAAACGAGAUGAACCCUUUCACCGAGGCAGACGAAAACUCGACGAAGGACGAAACGAAGAACCCGAAGGAGGCAGACGCAGAGGCAGACGCAGACGAGGAUUACAUUGAGUACAGCCUUAACUGCUUCAAAGCAACGGCGUCGAGGAAGGUGGGGGAGCUGAACGACAUGUUGAUGAGUUGCGCUGGAGAUGAAGUGAACAUGAUUCAGAACAUGCUGGACUGUUACAUCUGUACCGAGGAGGGGCAGAACUAUGAGCACUGCUUUUUAGAACCCAAUUUCGGGAACCUCUUAGAUGCAGGGAAAAACGGGUUCACAGAAUACAGCCCAGAAUUGAGGAACCCCAAGCAGAAGCACCUACUGUUGAGUCACCUGAAUGAGAAGUACAUCACCCAUUCGGAGGAGAAGAUGCAUCUGAUGACCAUCUUAAAAAAUAUGAGCACUAGCAUGGAGCAAGUGCAUAAUAAGAAGUGGAACAUCUUUUUCACCUCCUCCGAUUAUUACUUCAAGUCUUAUGUCUCCAGCGAGGAUCACCUCUGCCUGCAGAACGACUCCGUCCACUUGAACGAGAAGCACCGGUGCAGCCCCAUCGUGGAGUACCUCACCCUGCCCACGGGGAAGGUCGUCCACGAAAUCUGCCUGUACAAUAACGCAGAUAAGAAGUACGUGAAGAAUAAUUAUAAGAUCCUCUGCUUCCGAUCGAGGAAGGGAACCAAAUUGGAUUUCAUGAAUGCCAAGUCGUUUUACACAUCAAUAGAAUAUAAAAAGGUAAAGACAAAGAACAUAACCCAUGUGCACACGGAUUUCUCCUAUAUGGACGAUAAGAUGAAAUGCAAUUUCAAGCAGCACGUCAUCAACGAGUUUAUUAAUAAUCCCAACAUCAGCAUGGAAGAAUUGGGGAACAGCCUACUCAAUUUGGCUACCUACUUUUACUACGAAAACCGGGGGUCCUGGUGCGUCUUCGUGUCUAGGAAGCGCGCCUUCACGGGGGUCGUCAGCAUCGUCAAGAACAGGUACCUCCGCAUGACGGCGAGGAACAAGACGAAGAGGUACCACAUCGUGCUCUUCGAGACGCCCGUUUAA